AUGUUUUUACGGAAUCGUACAGUGGAGAUGCACGAGGAGAAUAAACAAGAAGAAUGGCAAAAUACCAUUGAUGAUAUUGUUAAUAAUCAAGGAUGGGAUAGUAUACUUCAAACGUUGCAAGAUGGAAGAAAAAGAAUAAGAAUUGAGGAAGAAGAAUUAAAAAAGCAGCAAGAAAAAAAAGAACGAGAGGAAAGAGAUGCCCCUGAACGGGAAGAAACUAGAAAGAAAGAAGAACGUGCACGAGAGGAGAGAGAAGCCGAAGAGCUUGAGCGAGAAGAGAGAGAGGAACGUAAAAGAGAAGAGCGAGAAAAGGAAUCAAGAGAAGCUCGAGCUGCCUAUGAAGCAGCUCAAUAUCAAAUCGAACAAGAAUAUGAACGUCAACGGAUAUUUCAAAAUGAACAGACUGAGAGAGAAAAGCGUGAAGCAAAUCAGGCGUGGCAAGAAUCAUUGAAACAAACGGAGGAGCAUGAAAAUUCCCAAAGGGAAUUUUUUCUUAAGCUAGUUAGAGAAAGUUUUCAACCAACAACAGUGGAGUAUGGAAAUAUUGAUAAACAUUCAAUUAUUAAAACAGGUAAAAAUUUAAGAACUAUUGCGGCUAUCAUAUUACGAAUUUUAAUAAAAGCUUUAAUAAAAUAA